AUCUGACAGACUGACACUAGCUUCAACUCUACGGCCCGAGGAAAACUCCAAGGUCAUAAAAGAUUCGUAAAUCCUCCAUGCUGACUCUUGAUUGAUCCACAACUAACCUGCACCGAAAUUGUAACGGGAAUGAGCCCGGUGAGAAGGAACCACCAGGAAACUAGGAAAAAGAGAGAAGAGCCCGGUGUUCCUCUCAGGUCUUGACUGACUCUUGAACUACUCUCCGGAAAGCAGGGAACUGGGGGGAGAGAGAGAGAGAGAGAGAGAGAGAGAGAGAGAGAGAGAGAGGAGGAGGAGGAGGAGGAGGGAGAAGGGUCAUGGCGAGGAAGCAUGGAUGGCAGCUCCCAGCACACACGCUCCAGAUUGUUGCAAUUACGGUUUUCUUCCUUCUGGUGGUUGCAUUUUAUGCCUUCUUUGCACCAUUUCUAGGGAAGCAAGUCCUAGAGUAUGUCACAAUUGGUAUAUAUACUCCUGUGGUGUUUGCUGUUUUCAUCCUAUUUAUCCGGUGCACUAGUAUAAACCCUGCAGAUGCUGGGAUCAUGUCAAAGUUUGAGGAUGGCUUUGUUGAUGCACCUGCAAGUACUGCUGACUUACAGGGCACAAAUUUGCAAGCAAAAGUCAAUGUUGCGAAUGGAACGAACUCCCCAUCAUCUACUUGUAGGACCUCUCUAGAUGGGCGUUCUAACCAUGGUGGUUUAGCUGCUGAAGAUACGAAUAUAAAUCUAAGCUCGCAAUCGCCAAGAAGAAGCUCAAGGAGCUGUUUACUUGGAGGGCUUCUUUGUGCUUUAUUUGUCAAGGAAGAUUGCAGGAAAUUUGAUGAUUCAGAUAAUCAAGUUGAUGGAGAAGAUGACUUGUUUUGCACAUUAUGCAACGCAGAGGUUUGCAAAUUCAGUAAACAUUGCAGAAGUUGUGACAAGUGUGUGGAUGGAUUUGAUCAUCACUGUCGGUGGCUAAAUAACUGUGUUGGAAGGAAGAACUAUUUCACAUUUAUUGCUCUGAUGACUACUAGUCUCCUCUGGCUUGCUAUUGAAAUUGGAGCUGGCAUUGCUGUCCUUGUUACAUGCUUUGCCAGUAAGAAUUCAGAGAGAAUUAUUCAAGACAAGCUUGGGAAUGGUUUACCUCGUCCUGCCUUUGCUACCAUUGUAGCAUUUUUUACUCUUCUUUCUCUAUUUGUUUGCAUACCUUUAGGGGAACUUUUCUUCUUCCACAUGAUCCUGAUCAGAAAGGGGAUCACAACUUAUGAAUAUGUCAUCGCAAUGAGAGCCAUGAGUGAAGCACCUCAAGAGGAGGACGAAGAGGGGGUAAACAUUGUUUACUCUCCAACGAAUUCAACCACCACUGCAUUCAGUGGUGCUAGUUCACUUGGUCUUCACUACAAGGGUGCAUGGUGCACACCACCAAGGAUUUUUGUUGAUCAGGAUGAAGUGAUCCCACAUUUGGAGCCAUGGAUGGUACCGUCAACUGUCGAUCCUGAUGCUGUUGGACAUGCCGAAAGAGCAAACAAAGCCAAGAAGCAGGUCAAAAUUAGUGCCUGGAAGCUUGCAAAGUUGGACAGCAAUGAGGCAAUGAAAGCUGCAGCCAGAGCUCGGGCAUCAUCCUCUGUCCUCCGACCUAUAGAUGCCCGCCGGGGUCCAAAUGCUGACCUGAGCUCUAGCGGCAAUGCCAGCAUGAGGAGCAGUAUGAGUGCUGAUUACAGUGCCGCCAAUGAAAAAGGGACUGGUAUGAAAUCGUCAUCUCUUCAGAACUCAUAUCCUCAGAGCCUUGCGAGCCAGGACGACUAUGAGUCAGGCACGCAGAGUGCUAGCAGCAUAAGCAGUCCGGUCCACAGUCACAAGCCGGCGCCUCACACUCAGAUCAGUGUGCCACCUCGUGCUCCUCCACCACCUCCAAGAUCUGCACCGGUGAUACCGAGGCCGCCUGUUCCAAUAACGCAGAUAAUCAACCCGAUGUUCCGGUCAGCCACAUCUUAUGCCCGGGAGAACCGAAAAGCCUCGGUUGUUUGGGAUCAAGAGGCUGGUCGGUACAUGUCGGUGGCACUUGCACCCACAAGACCAGGAGCUGGUGGCGUUGAUCAAGCAGCAAGAACACCAUGUUUCUUGGCAAACUCAGGUGGCGAGCCCAGCAAUCGCAGGAGAACUCUCGCGCCCAUGAAUGCUUCUUCCUCAGCACUGCCAUCUGGACAGCCGUCUGAGAGAUUGACAUACACUGGGCAGUCGAUAUUCUUUGGCGGACCGCUUCUGGCUGCUGCUGACUCUCGGAGGAAUGAGGCGGGCGCAAGAGCGCGACCGGAGGAAAGGAGGGAGCUCAAUGCCCACCAGCAUGACACUGGGGGAGAGAGGAGAUGGACUGCGGAGUCGUUCCCGGUGUUUGCUCCAGGAACCUUUCAGAAAAACCAACCGUUCAACAGGUGAGCUCCUGGAGCACAUUUACCAACGACCAUGGCCGCCAUAAUGGGGUAAUCAUUGCUGGAGCAUUGCUCAACAAGAGCCCUGAACAGGCUAAGGGUGAUCUCUCCGGUGAUCACCAAACACUCCUCAAGCAGAAAAGGCGUCAUUUAGAACAUGUUGAAGUCUGAAAGAGAAAGGAGGGGGCUUUACUGUUGAGUUUGCAUUUGAAAGGUUUUGAGUGACAAAUGAACUGUGCAUUUGUCAGGAAAGCAGAAACUGGAAGCACGACAGGUAGAAGAGCCGAUUGAUUGUGAUGUAAAUUCUUUGCUCGUUCAUUACGUGUAACAUUUUCGCCCUCUUUUGUAGUGCUUGAUAAUUCUGGUUUAACAGGACAGGUUUGAUAUUUCUGGUAGAGUUUUGACCUUUUUUGUUGGACCAAAA